AUGCGUGCAAACAGUAUGAUAUCCUCAAAGAGGACUGGUGGAUCUCCAUUAGUGGGAUCUUUGGAUACUCAACAACUCGAUGAAGCGGACGAACCAUCGCCACAAAAGAGUUCCUCACUACCGCAACCAGCAUUGAACACCGAUCCAUCCACAAGCAUUCCACCAAGACCCACGUCACUACCAGCUUUUCUACCCUCUCACCUCACACGCCUUCCAACCUACAUCGACUCUUUACCAACACCUCCACUGGCCCGCCCCCAAUCUCUAACGGAACAGAUCACAGUCUCAAUGUCAACGGUCCCGCAAACCGUGUCCGUCGCAGCAGAGACAAUAGUCAAUUCCCAACCAGUUGUCGUGGCGUCUCAAGCAGUCGUCACGGGCGUUCAGACUGUGGGUGAAACAGUAACAACGGGAGUGCAGAAUGUUGCAGAGGCGGUCAAGAAUGCGUUGCCAUUUGAUGUGGAGAUGUUUCGAGAUGUUGCUGGGUUGCUGAUGACUGUAUUGUCUAGGAAUGCACAUGAGGUACCGCCAUUAGAUAUCGGCGAGCUCCUGCUGUGCAUUGGAAUGUAUUGCCACUAUCAAAUCCAGAAACGCCUUGACGACGAGGUGUCGUUAGACUCUGAGGAUAUCUUUAAACAAAUGCCGCGUGUCACUGAGCGGGAACCGUACGAGAGGUUCAUGUACUGUAUCGAUUUUGCACAUGCAGCGUAUGAUCCAGACGUGAAAACCAUAUUGGAACGCUGUCCAAAUCUUCGGUCCUCAGACGCGAUUAUUGAUGUUGUGCACGAAUCCAGUGCAGACUGUCCUGCAUUCUUUUUGGCGGUUGAUGUGAAUAACUGGAAGAUCAUUAUUGCGAUACGCGGGACAGCCAGCUUACACGAUGCAGUCAUUGACCUCAAAAUGGACUGUGAGCCUUUCCUUGGCGGAUAUGCUCAUCAAGGCAUGUCACACCUUGCACAUAAGCUCCUCGAACGCGUCUUUCCGCAACUGGUUCAUCUCCGUCACAUUCAUCCCAAUUUUGACAUUAUUGUGACUGGACACAGCCUGGGAGCUGGCAUUGCCUCCCUUCUCACCUUACUUCUUACCUCCCCGCCUUACAAAGAACAUUUCCCAUCUGUACGCGGUGUAUGUUUUGCUACUCCCGCGAUAUGCACAGAAGACCUAACCUACCGCGCGGAACAAGUCGUCGAUUCUCUUGUACUUGGUUACGAUGUUGUACCUGCCCUGAGCGAGAAAAAUCUCAUUUGGCUGUUGCGAGAGUUGCAAAAGUUUAGCAAGGAAAAUCAGCAUAGAAAACUGUUGAGCGAGGCAUGGCAUAAGCAGAUGGAAAGCGUCUACGGUGCUUUGGAGGCGAAUCCGAGAACAAGUUUUGUGAUCCGCGCUUGGGAGAGCGAGGUAGUCAGUACAGUACGCAGAUCCGUCGGGAGCGUUGCAAGCGCGGCCAAAGAGACUAUUGCAACAGUGGCAACCACUGCACAUGGAACCGUCGUCCAAGUCGCUGAAGUUGCGGGCGAAACUGUGGUGUCACUGCAGGAAGCAGGACUCAUUCCGCCCGAACCUACGGUGCUGCAGCGAUGCAGACGCCGGUUGAUGCAGUGGAUGACAGAUUUGAAAAAGGACAUUGGGCAAACAUCCACGCUUCUGACAGUUACAUUGACGUAUGCCUCUCGGAUCGCUCUCCGUCGGUACACAUUCCGAUUCACGCUCGUUUCAGCCGCAAUAGCAGCUUUUAGCCAAGUUGGCUACAUGCGCUGGAAGCGGCACACAGCACGCAAGCUGGAGAUUGAUUUAGGCAACCAAGCGACGAAUGUAGAGCAGGCGCCAGUGUCCGAAUCGGUUGAAGCGACGGCAUCACGGAGCACGGGCAGCCCCGGCGAUGGCAGUGCGCCAUGUGAUGAAGGCGAGAUGAAGGUGCUACUGACACCUGCCAUGCUCUACUACUUGCGAGAAUGGAAAGAUGGGUCCCCACAAGACGACGUGGUUCCAAGCGCUCAAACGGCUGUGGCAGAUGGCUUGGAAAGCGAGGGGCAAGGCGACGAUGGCCACAGUGCUCCGCAAGAACAACAACGCCAUGUGUUGCUCCGAUCCAUGCCAAACUAUUUUUCAGAGAUUACCAUGAACGCACGCAUGAUUGACGAUCACUUAUUGACGAGCUAUCGCCGAGCACUGACGGGAGUGAUCUGGAACUAA